UAAAAAAAUAUAAUUUAUCACAAAAAAAUGUGAACAUCAAGUAUCUCUGUGUUAUCGAUAUACAAAUUAAUCAUCAUCUAUAUUUUCAAAUGUGCUACACCCCCCCCUAAAACGGACCACUGCAUUAUGAAAUUGAAUCCUAUUCUGAACUGUUUGAUCUGAGUUCUUGUUAAGUGUGUUAGCUACUUCUGACUUUUAUGCUCUAGUUCACGUUAAUUUCAUAGAGUAAGCACCAUGUCGGUGGCGUUUGCACCUCACAGGCAGCGUGGGAAGGGUGAUAUAACACCCGCUGGAAUACAAAAGUUACUUGACGAAAACAACCAGCUGAUCCAGUGUAUAAUGGACUUCCAGAGUAAAGGCAAAACAGCAGAAUGUUCACAGUAUCAACAGAUGCUGCACAGAAAUUUAGUGUACCUGGCAACGAUAGCAGACUCCAACCAGAACAUGCAGUCUCUCCUCCCUGCUCCGCCCACUCAAAACAUGCCCAUGGGCCCUGGUGGGAUGAACCAAAGCGGACCCCCUCCUCAGCCUCCUCAUGGUCACAACAUGCCCUCGGAGGGUAUGGUCAGCGGUGGCCCUCCAGCCCCACACAUGCAGAACCAGAUGAAUGGACAGAUGCCUGGGCCUAAUCACAUGCCCAUGCAAGGUCCCGGUCCAGGCCCCAACCAGCCCCCAAACAUGCCCAGUGGCUCUAUGAAUAUGCCCCCCAGCAGCCAUGGCUCGAUGGGUGGUUACAAUCACACCGUCCCUUCUUCCCAGGGCAUACCAGCUCAGAGCCAAAUGAACAUGACCCAGGGCCAGCCCAUGGGAAACUAUGGGCCUCGGCCAAACAUGAACAUGCAGCCCAGUCAAGGCCCCAUGAUGCACCAGCAGCCUCCCUCUCAGCAGUAUAAUAUGCCUCCUGGUGGGGGUGGACAGCACUACCAAGGACAACAGACCCCAAUGGCUAUGAUGGGCCAGGUCAACCAAGGCAACCAUGUCAUGGGGCAGAGGCCAAUGCCGCCCUACAGACCCCCACAGCAAGGACCCCCUCAGCAGUACCCAGGGCAGGAAGACUACUAUGGAGACCAGUACAGUCACGCAGGACAGGGAGCCUCAGAAGGUAAUGCCCAGUAUGGUCAACAGCAGGAAGCAUACCAGCAAGGCCCUCCCCAGCAGCAGGGCUACCCACCCCAGCAGCAGUACCCGGGUCAACAGGGCUACCCACCACAGCAGCAGGGUUACGGUCCUACCCAAAGUGCCCCAGGACAGUAUCCUAACUACCCUCAGGGGCAGGGACAGCAGUACGGGGGCUAUCGCCCUCCUCAACCUGGACCCCCACAGGGUCAGCAACAGCGCCCUUAUGGCUAUGACCAGGUGAGUAUACCCACAACACUGGACAGUCAAAGCGACUUGUCUAUACAUCGCUCCUAGUUUGUCCCUCAAUGUGUUUGUUGCCAGACUUAGUUGUUUAUUUGGGGUAGAGAGAGCAGAGACCAAUGUGAGUGAAGUUAAAAGGUAAAUAUUAAAAAGUAAUAUGUUUUGCAUGCUGUGAUCAUAUUGUUGGGUUAAAUCUGUUCUACCCAAAAUAGUUUACUGUUACUAUUGUGUCACUUGUUUAUUUGAGUCCUAGUUAUAUAUCCUGGAUAAUAAGGUAUGCCAAUUCAGUGAAAUAUGAGGGCUUUACAAGGAUUCUUCCUUAAACUUGAUACAUACUGCUCUAGUGUUUAAGGGGAGAUCUAUUUGUUGCCCUGUAUUUCCUGUGGUUUUAUGUGGGGACCACAGCUACACUUUGAUAUCUUUAUCUUUGAAUAUUCAGGGGCACAUGAGGAAAUAAAGACCCGGGGAUUUGAACCCCUGACUAGCUCUGUAAGAAGCAAAGGUAAUGGUUGCUGUGAAGACCUCAACGUCCAAUCUAGACGUUUGACCACCUAGCCUUAAUUUGCAUUUGUUAUGUUUCUUCUGUCUCUCUUUUGUCUUUCUUUCUUCCAUCUUUCUCUUUUUUCUUUUUUUUCCUUUAUUUUCUUUUUGUAUUAUUUUCUUAUUAUUAACCAGGGGUCGAAUUGUAAGUUAUGAGGUCCAGAAACACAGCAUGCUUAGUCUGCAGUGAGACAGCCCAAAGUUUAGUGCUUUGGCUGCGUCCUUAAUCUCUGCAAUUUAUAGCACUGGUUUUGAUGAAUAUUGUGCUUAUGAUAACACCAUGUAUUUAAAUUCAAAUGUUUUGCACAUCAGACUGUCAAAUCAUAGUUUGUUUCCAAUUUUGUGCCAAACACAUACUUCGACCCCUGUUUAGAAAUGCAUCAACUGCUACUGUUCUUACACUCAGUUUGUGUCACUUGAAACAACUGUCCACUAUUUGAUAAGGAAUAUCAUGUGUCCUUAGCCAUGUUGCUGCUGAAACCUGAGGUAUAAAGUAAGAAUUUAGAACCCUCAAGUUGUGAGGCCAUGCUGCCACCUGCUGGUCAAUACCAGCAAAUGCAGCCAUAAAUCAUGGUUUGCAUUAUGAUAUGGUUGAUGUUUGUUUGCACCCUAUUGAGAUUUCUGAAUAUAAGCUUUUACUGAUUAUGUCUGCUGUGAGAAGGUCAGUAACAUGAGUCUGUCACAUUUCUCUCCACAGGGCCAGUAUGGAAAUUACCAGCAAUGAGAGAUGGUCACAGCAACCCACACAGCUCUGCUCUGAUCUCUGUCUGAGCUUUGACCUCUGGUCAACUGCUAAGCAGACUUUAAUGAUGGUUGUAGCUCACUGAGAUUCUCUCAGAAACGAACAUACAACACUCAAAAAUACAAGAUACAGUUUCCCCUUCACUCCGGGCUCCUAUCCCUGCCUAUAAAAUGUAUUCUGUUUUAUCAUGUACAUUGACUCGAUAUGUCAAAAGUCCAUGACUCACCCUCUGGUCCAGUAAGUCUCAAAGCAGCAAUGCCUUAAAAAUGGAACUGCCUUAUCCUUUAGCAUUGCAGAUUGUGAAAUGGGCUAACAAAAUUUUGGAUAUCAGAGACAAUUUUAAAUGUACAGUUUCAAUCUACUGUGGUGCAUUGUUUCUCGAUCCUUCAGCUCCUUGUUCAUAAGAAGCAAUAAUGCCAGCAGUAGGGAAAUGUGUGGGGGCUUGGAGAUGAAAUAAUGCACCAGACGAACUUCCCGCUAGGCCAUGGUACGUGUCUUGAUGUAUGUGAUGAUGUAAAAAUAUAUUUUAUGCUUUUUAGAUCAAGCUAACUUUGUAUAAGACAUUGGAAACUAGUACUAAAGCUGUGUUGUUUAUUUCAAGUGUAUGUGUCAAUGUUUUUUUUAAUGAUGAUCCCAUCCAGCACAUUUUGUUUUUUAUUUUUGUUGUGUUAAAUUGUAUAACUAGUCGAUUGGAUCUGCUAUGUCAGUGACAUGGGCACCGUAUGAACUCUUUGUGUAGAAAUGAAACAUUAAUUGACAUGCAUAGAAAUUGCUUGGGGACAAAUACAAACACCAUGCCUGGAAUAGGACGAUGCUUACCGUCUGAAAACACAUGAAACAAGUGUUGUAUCUUGCUAAGCUGUGUAUUUAAGUCUGUGAAGAAAAUCAUUUUUUUAACCACAUAACCUGACGAAUAAUGGCCACUGGCCUUUUUUUUUUUUUUUUGGACAAAUGUGCCCUAAGAGGUGAUAUGUAGCAGAUGCCACUGCAAAUUGUAAUUCAGUGCUCUCUGGAGCCCUUUUUCUCUCUAUACAAGCACCUCAGUCUUGUCCGUUGACUGCAAAUUGGUGAAUGGCAAAGAUCAAACUUGGUAUAAUAAAUAUUUCUGACAAGUUUUGUUAUUCUUGACAAUGCUGGAACCCCCUUUCCCUUUGAAUAAACGUCUAAGUUGAUGUCAUUCAAAUAGUGUUGUGUGUGAAUAAUAAAGAUUGUUACUGUCAAAUAUGUAACAUAAGAUGUGAAAAUAAUGUUCUCAAAUGGAUUCCUUAAUUUCACAGUAAAGACUGGUUGUGCAGUUUUAUAUCACUGGCUUGAUAUCUGUUUUAUGGUGCAUACUUUAUUGAUCCCAUAUGUACAGCGGCGUAAAUAUAUUGUUUAUAUGGCUGUUUUAAUAUUUGGCAUUCUGCACCCAUCCGAGUGGUCACAUUUGUGUCAUGGCAAUGUAUAACUGUACAUUACAAUAAAUUGGAAGAAUCUUUAA